UAUUAGAAGAAGGAUCUAUACGUAAAUAUUUUGCGCAGUCUCGGUACCGAUCGCAACAGUUAGAAGUAUUAUGUACACUUAUGUCGUCAAGACGACGCAUCGACUUAUUCGCUUAAUAAGGUGUACGUGUACUUGUUCGAUACAUGUAUCGCUGACAAUAUUUAUCGGACAAGAUCACUUCUACAAAAAUGUCUUUGCAUUCAACACCUAUCCUGUAUUUAAAUAUGGGCGGCGAGAUGUUGUACGUUUUGCGACAGAGGCUAAAGGCGCAAAAGAUCGAUGUUGACAAGACAGUACAAGUAUUAGAUGACGUAAUAGCAACUUUGCUCAAUCCUAAAAUACUAUCGCCGAUUUUCGAAGAAUCGCCGCCGAUCGAAAUAUCACAGUUACGCACCACUUUGGAAAGUGUCGCUCUUUCAUCUAUAAUGAAACUAGACAGGAGUAGCAUGGACAAAUUAUUCGAUCUAAUGAUCAUGAUGGUAAAGUAUCAAUUGAAAGUGGCUACUGGACCGAGAGAAGUCAUCCUCAUUACUCUGAAUCACAUGGAUGCGAUGCGUGACAUGGUCAACGACGUAAAUGCGCAAAAGUGCGUCAGCAUGGUGCAUCAGAUGGUUGUUAACGUGAGUAUAAUUCAAUAUAAUUAAUUUAAUAU